AUGCUGACCGGCCCCUCUGAAGAACCGCAGAAUAUCAGCGACCCCAGGAAAACCGCCGUCAUCAACGGCGAGCUCAAGAGGCUUCAUGUUGAUAUCGCAUCCCAACAGGAAACACAGCGCAACGAACCACGCCAACACGGAGUGGACUUCGCAGUGAGGAACAGCCUGCUGAAUACGAUAGAACAAGGCAGCAACGUCUCCGAUGAGACUCCUCCCUCUCCGACUCAACACCACCGAAGACCCGGUCACCAUCGAGUGGACGAGUUUUAUGACAAGCUGGCAGCCACCAUCAUCUGUAUCCCCAGCAAGAAUCAACUUGUUCUCCUGGGUGAUUCAACGCCAGUGUGGGUGCUGAUCAUGACUCUUAGUCUUGGACAAUUUGGCGUCGGCAAGAUUUACGAAAACGGCCAGACAAUUCUCGAGCUCUGCAUUUAUCACAACUUGCGCACAGCUAACUCCUUCUUCAGGACCAAGACCAAGCACAAGGUCUCCUGGACACCUCCACACUCAAAGCACUGGCACCAACUAGAUCUCAUUCUUGUCAGACGCGCCGCCAUUAAAACCGUCCUUUAUACACGUUCACACUGGUGUGCUGCAAUAUCAAACACCAGCCCAAGAGUUUCCACAGCGGUAAGAAGCAGGGGAAUCCUCGCAUUGAUGUCAGUUUGCCAAGAGGUUUGA